UUGCCCCGCAGUCAACAAGAACGCCUCGCACUGCACAGCCCGUGCCGCCAACUGUUAACCGCUCUCUCCCUUGUCACGAACCAGACCCCUGUCUUCCUGUCUUUCAUUUCUUUGCCGACCAUUUCCCUAUAAACACGACUCUCCCCUCAAUACUCCAUCAAAUGCGCCCGAUGACGUUGACACACACGGUCGCAGAGGGCCGAUUCCCACAACUCGACGACACGAGCGCCGUCGAUCUCUUCCGCGCCAAAUUCGAACCCGAACUCGUGCAUCUGCAAAAGGCCAGCGCGACCGUUGAAUCGGGCGCUCCUGAUCCUCCCGGCUCGCUGAAUGGAAGUACCCCGUCGAGAUAUCUUUACAAGCAUGAUUAUGUCGAGGUGAACCGGACGUUGGUGAAUAUGCUUGCGCUGAAGUGGGUGCUGGCGGGGGACUACAAUGCGUUUACGGCGUGUCAGAAGGAACAGGGGAAGCUCAGCGAACAGUCGUUUCGCGAGAUGAAGGAAUAUUUCAAUCGCAGGCUGCCGACCAACGAGGAUAUUUACUAUUUGCUGGCUGCGAUCGUGGUGGAUGAUAUUGGGAAGGACCCGGGUCUCGCCAAGGAGCUGGGGCAAAGGAAGCAGAAGGCACUCAGGGCCAACAUUCGACAAGGCAACCAUUCAGAAGUGCUUCACGAUGUCGCAAAGGCUGGGAAGAUUCAAGCGUUGAAUGACCUGCCUGAACCGGGUCACACGAUUGUCCUUCGCAAUAUCGAUAUCGGAGAGAGACUCAACGUAUCUCAGCUGGUCCAGGGAGAGAACGUGCCUGCGUGUUUGUCCAUUCUACGACAGACCAAAGAAGACGCCCAGGCGUUUGACAUGCGCGCGAUGGUCACCGUGCUUGAUGUCGCCGGCGCUGCUGCCCACCGAGACGCCCGGGGGUGUCUGGUGAUGAACGAGACUGUUUACAAGGGCUACAUGACCACGAUCGAGACGAUGAAGCGAUUUGUCGAUGGGGACAUCCCCAGCGAACGUGAAUGCUACGACCAGCUUCUUUCCGACCGUCUAAACACGGUGGGCAUGAAGGAAGACGAGCUAUCGACAGAUCGUGCCGAGCGCCGCGCUCUCCUUCGCAUGUUCUGCAUGGGCCGCGUGGAUACGAAAUCACGGGCGGACUUUUUCAUAAGCGCAUUUAGAGCUCUUCAGCCAACGACCCGGACAGAUCUUGUUAAUGGCUUGAACGUGGAUGGGUUGGAUGAUGGUGUCGCUGUGAUCCCAUACUACGCGCCCGGCUUGUUUGCCGAAGUCCUGCGCGCGUAUACAGACAGGGAAGAUUCUGACGUUGUUAAAGCGUUAUCUGCCUUUAUGCGUCUAUUAGCACGAGUCUUCGAUGGCUCGAAGCCAGAACAAGGUCGUAAAGGCGAUAUCAUCGAGCGCGAUCUGGCGUUCAUUCAAGACGAUAUCAAGAGCGAAGCUUUCCGCCGUAACCCCAAUAUCCUCGAUGAUGUCCCCCUCAAAUGGGACAAGCAUUGAUGAUGAUGACUUAUGAAUGAUGCGAUUAUUAUAUGCUGGUUGGGCGGUCUUUUGAUUCGAAAAUACUAGGAGUUUGGGUUAUGAAAACAGGCAUAGUUUUAGUUAUCCAGAGCUCACGACUAAUCUGUCUAUACUCCAUAUG